GUUUUGCCAACUGGUCAUCGUAUUGUCAAUGGCAAAAUAAUGCAAUUUAUUUAUUGUUUACAUCGGUGUUUCAACAAUAUUUUAAGACUUAAUUAUCCAUUGUGAUAUGUGACAAAAAUUUUAUGUGUCUAAAAUGUCGUGGCUUAAUCUAAAUCAAAGUUUAAACAGUCUUAAAGGACAGAUUACAAACUUUGCUACAGAAGUUUUGUCCGAAGGUAGCUCCACGGUUAGCAACGAUGAACAAUCGAAGAUUGAUUCAGUGGGAAAGGAUCUUCAAGAAAAAUGCCGGAACCAGGAGCUAGAGAUUGCAGCUUUAAAAAAACAGAAUGAAGACAUGCAAGAGUUACUGCAAGCUGAGAAACUUUCGAGGCGAAAUGGUCUUAAAGAAGAAGAGUCUAGUUGGUACUGGGAUCCGCCGCCGAGACCUGCUAAUAAUAUCGACAAUGAAGUCGAGAAACAAUACAUAUUACAAAUUCAAGAAUUACAAAACGAAUUAUCCGCCUUAAAAGAGAACUACGCAAUGGAUCAAAAAUACGAAAAUGAUGAAGAACUUCUAAGACUCAGAGAAGAAAACAAGAACUUGACCUGCAGUCUGGACGACUUAGACAGCCAGCACCAGCUGGCGAUGGAGAAGUUACUGACCUUAAAGAAAGAAUUGCAAAAGAAUUUCGAAAUCUUAAAACAGGAACACGAAGAGUUGAAAAGUUCAAACGAUGAUUAUGCAACUGAAAUUAAGGUGUUACUUCAUAAAAUUGGUCAAAGAGAUCAAGAAAUAGAAAAUCUAAAGUCCGGCAACCCUGAUUACAAUACUUUACUUCAUAAAUAUCAAAACUUAGAAAGAAUACACAGCCUGUUAAGAGAGAACGCUGAAAAGUUUCAAGAGGAGAACCAAGAGUUGCACGAAGAAAUAUUUAAAUUACAGGAACAGGUUACAAAAUUAGAACACGACAUAGAGAUUGCUGGGAAGCAAAACGAAGCGUCUAAUUUGGUAUCAAGGGAAAAGUAUGAAGAACUUUUAAAAGAAAUCAAUGAUCUGAAACAUAUCCGUGAUUCAAAUCAAGUGCAUUUAGAUGAAAUAAAUAUAGAUGACAAUGCUAAAGGUGUUAUAGAAACAUUGAAGAGGGAUAUCAGUGAAUUGAAACGAAAAUUGGCACAGUGUGAUGGGGAGGUUCACGACACUAAAGAUGGCAAAGUUAUGAAAACAGAUAAAAUAAUGCAACUUUACAAUCGGUAUGUCAAUUUUGAUUUGCCGGUUGAUUACGUGGGAGAAAUACCCUCUGGUCCUGAAAAUAUAAUAUUACAUAAAAUAGAAACGUCUUUUAAAACGCUUAAUGCAUUCAAAAAAGAAAUUGACCUGUUGGAACAUAAACUGUCAGAAAAAAAAUUAUUCGCCAGUCAUCUUCAAACACAGAUUGAUGAUUUAACUAAUGAAAAUGAAUAUCUUACAUCAGACAUACAACAUUUUGAAGGUGAGUUAGAGGAAAUGAAGAAAAACAAUGAUUUUCUUAUAGCUGAAAUAGCUGCCUUAAAGAAUUCUUCCAAAUUAGAACCAAUAAUAGAAACUCAUGAAGAUAAUCUAGCAAAAUUGGAAACGGAACUAGCGGAUUGCAAUAGAAUUAACAAAACAUUUGAAUCAGAAAUUAAAAGGAUAGAAAACGAAUUAAAGGAGGUUCAAAAUGAAAAGAAAAUUCUCCAAGAAAGUCUUACUGAUAUGAAAAAUAAAUAUACUUCAAUGUUACAAGAACUUAAUGAUUGUAAAUCACAAACUCUAGUUGUACAAGAACUUGAAAAUGAAGCCAAUGUGACACAGAAUGUAAAAUUCCAAAAAACCAUUUCUGAAAACGAUGAUUUGAAAAAAAAGUUACACGCGGCUUCGUCGAAAAAUGAGCAACUAUUGAUAGAUAUCCAUAUAUUAGAAAAUGACAAAGUUUUACUCACUAAACAGUUGGAUGACCUGAAAGAGGCACUAGUUAGUAAAUCUAACAUAGAAACAAGCACUCAUAAUGAAAUGAGUGGCUUAGAGCAAAAAACUAUAGAACUGCAAAGUAAUUUACAAGAAACAUUAUCCAAAAUUAAUGAAUUAGAGAAAGAAAAUAAAACAUUAAAGGAGCAACAGAGCUCUUUUCCAACAGACGCUUGUACAACAGAUAUAGAUAAAGUAACCUUAGAAAAUAAUAGAUUAUUAGGAAAGCUGGAGGAAACUUUAAAAGAGAAUACAACUUUAAAGGGAGAUAUUGAACGAUUAAAAAAUGAGCUCAGCCACUUUAAAUAUUUAAAUAAAUGUUUAGUAGAUGAAAACAAUUUUCUAAAAGAGAAAGAAAAAGCUGCCGGCGAAGAAAUUUCAAAGCUUAAAGAUUCGAUAAAUAAUCUGAGCCGCAAAGAAGACGAGUUUUAUGAAGUAAAUAAGGAAUUAUUAUCACUCAAAGACAAAAAUAAGCACUUGGAGCAAAAUAAAUUACAGCUUGAAAUAGAAUUAGCUUCCACGGAUGGUAAAAUAGUUCAGUUAGAAGAAGAAUUCGAAAAAUUAAUAUCAGACCUAAAUGACAAAGAUUCCAUUAUUGAUAAUUUAAAUAUUACAGUAAAUAAAACCACUAAUGAACUUUCAACGCUUCAUAAAAAUUUAUCAGAAAUAGAAAGCAGCUUAGAAAUUAAAAAUAAAGAAAUUGAACGCCUACAAAAUUCUCUACAAGAUGUCACUCAAAAAAUGAAUAACACGAAUCUCAGUUCAAACCAAAGUAUUGAAGAAUUGAAAAAGUUACAAAUAGAAAAAGAAGAAAUUAAUAAACAGAUGUUCAGUCUUCAAGACGAUGUAAAUCAAAAAAAUACAGAGAUCACUUCAUUAAGUAAUACCCUUCAAGAAUUUGAGAAGUCAUGUGCAGACCGUAACCUCAUGCUAGAAAAGAGAGAUAAGGAAAUAAAAGAAUUAAAUCAAUCCAUACUAGAAUUAUCUGAUAAAAUUAAGGCAUCCGAAAACACAAUUCAGCCAAAUGAUGAAUAUGCGAAACUGUUAGAUGAAAAGAAAGCUGUAGAUAAAAUUGUAGAUGAAUUAAGAUACAGCAUUGAAGUGAAAGAAAAGAAUUUAUUAGAUGAAAGACAUAGAUGUGAUGAAUUGGAAAAAACUUGCGAAGAAUUAAAAACGACCAUAAAUAAUUCAAUCGCUGAGAAAAAUGAAUUAAUCAAUCUCGUUAAUUUAAAACACAACGAAAGUAUUCAAUACCAUAAUGAGAUACAAAGGCUAAAUCACAUUCUCGUCGAACAGACGACUGAGUUUAAGAAGAUUAUAGAAGAGAAAGAUAUUACUAUAAGACAUAUAGCUGACGGAUGUUCAAAUUGUGAAGUAUUGCGUACAACUAUUAAAGAAAAAGAUGAAAUCAUCCUCGCAUUAAAUCAGAACGUGAGUGAUUAUGAAAGGACGAAAUCUGAACUUGUGAACGCUACUGAAACGGUCAAAAGUUUGACAAAACGUUGUGAAGAUUUUGACAAAAAUAUUACAAUCGAGAAACAGAAGGUGAAGAAUUUGACAGCAGAAAACGCACAGUUGUCUGAAAAAGAGCAGAAUUCCUCGAAGGAAUUAGAAAGAUUACGUCAUCACUUAAUGGAAACCGAGGAGAGUUAUACACAGGAAUUGAUGACGUCAGAGCAAAAGUUGAACGAAUGUCAGACAAGAUUACAUCAAGUAGAGGAAAGAGCAAAGCAGACGAGCACGGUCUAUACCAGUAAUAGCAUCCGAGCCAAUCAAGAAGUAGAAACAUUAAGAAAUCAGAUUAAACUGUUAGAGAAGCAAAGAGAAGAUGUUCAAUUGAAAUUGAGUGAAGCGGAAGAUGCGAGGAACAGAAGCGAAGCCGCGCUAACAAACCUGCAGGUGGUGUUGGAACAGUUUCAGUUAGACAAAGAAAGAGACAUACAUGCAGCGACAGAAAAAAUCCGAAACAAAACGGAAGAAUUUAGACGAGCCAAUGAAGAAUUACGGAAUGAAAUCUCUAGACUACAUAAGAAGUUGGAGGAAUCCAGCGCUGGUCUGAAAGCGGCGACUAGGCUCGGAGACCAGGUUGAAACCAAAACAGCUCAAAUCAAUGACUUGAAGGAACAAGUUCGAGCUCUACAGAGUACGGUGGCGGCGGCGGAAGAGAGGUACUACAACGCCAUAUCUAACCAACAGGACAAAGUUGAUAAAAACCUGGUUAAGAACCUAGUUAUAAACUACGUGGUCAGUUCCCAGAAUAAUUUGAACAGAACCCAAACUCUCAGAAUAUUGUCGACGGUCCUAGACUUCAAUCAGACGGAAUGUGAAAAACUUGGUCUCAUGAAGUCGAACACUUCCAAGGACAGUCUGGCGGCGGAGUUCGUGAAGUUCUUACAAAACGAAUCCAAACCUCGCGCCGCACUACCUGAUAUGAUGGGUCUCGGCAGUGUUGCCAGCUCACGGAAGAGUUCCACUGUUGGUCCGACCCCAGUGUUCGAGGCGGGUCACAAACGUAAUCCAUCUAACAAUUCAAACAACUUGCUUUUCCAUAAUUUGGACAACAUGGACACGGCGUCACAGGUAUCGUUGGAGUCAGACACGAGGGUCAUACCGAUAAACGCUCUCGACACCGGAGUCAAUCAGAUGAGAAACAACGAAGGCGCCAUCUUGAAACACGUUCUGAAGGAUAUGUAAUAAAAAAAAGUAUUUUUUUCACGACGUCACCAAGUCAGCCAUCUUGUUUUCUUUGUUCAUAGAUCGUUCUGGAACUGUCCCCUUAAAUAACUUUGAUUGUAAUUAAUAGCAUUUAUUUUUAGAUACGUAAUUGACAUUUCUUUUAUAACUUGAUAUCAUUUCCAAAUGUUUUUUUCGUCCUUCACACAUGUCAUCUCUUAUGCAGAUAGUAUUUCUUACGUUUCUUUCGUCCGCUUCUAAAACUAAUUUCAUUUUAUUUUCCGUGAAAAAUAUGUUAUAUUUUAAGACAAGAAUAUCAGAAAAUGGGAGGAGAUGGAAAUUGAAGAUUUUAAUUUCAUCAAUAACUUUGUAGUUUUUACGUUCAAAAAUCAUUGUGAUCCUAUGUGUAUAUAAUAAUUAAGAAAUUAUAAUAAUUUAUUUAUAAUGUGCUUCGAAUUAAUUUUAAUUAAUGAAUUAAAUUUUAGCCGUUUUUAAUACGUUAAUAUUUGCUCGGUUAGCAAAGCUUGUAAUAUCGAUACUGUUUAUGGGAUUAUUACAUAAUUUUAAAUUAGUUCGUCAUAAAAUGUAUUUCUUUCUUUGAUAAAUAAAUAUUUAUAACAAAA